AUGACGGACGUUGCGAGACCAUUGGAGAUUGCCAUUGUGGGAGGAGGGAUCGUUGGAGCGUUUGCAGCUGCAACUCUUUCGCGGCUUCCCAACUCGAGAAUCACUUUGUACGAAAAGGCAGAGGGGCCGCGAGAAGCAGGUGCUUGGAUCGCACUUACGGAAGCUGCUCUUCUCACACUCUCACGAAUUGCCAAUAUCGAAAAGGUACAGGAGUUUGUUUACAGGGGUAAGCCGGCGCCGCUUGCAAGACGUCAUUGGAAAACCGGCGAGGUCAUAAAGUACGACACUUCCUCAUUUCCAAGACCAGACAAUUUCGUGCAAGCGAGAACGCAUAGAGUUCCGCUUCAUAACUUUGUUCUGAAGCAUGUCCCGGAAGGCGUAAUUAAAUACAACCAUGCAGCCGUUAAGGUUGAUGUUGACAACUCCGGAGCAACUCUACAUUUUGAGAACCAAGACCCUGUCCGUGCCGAUCUAAUCGUGGCAGCUGAUGGAAUUUAUUCCAGGAUCCGCAGACAGUUUCGUGUGAACGAGAAGUUGGAAUACAAAGGCGUGGUUGCCUAUAGAUAUGUCUUUGAUGAAACGCUACUCAAUAACGUUGACGGAGUUUUGGACGAUACUUCAGCGUGGAUGGGAAGAGAUGGCACCUGGGUUUUCCUUGGAAAAGUUGGUCUUGGAAAAUACGGAUUUGUGGCGUUGAUUCCUGAGCCUCCAAACGUUGCAUCCGAUUUAACGUGGAAUAGAAGUGCCGGCCAAUGGGGAAUUUCACACCUGCUAGAAUUCUUCCAGGAAUGGGACCCAUUGAUCACCAAGAUCAUCAAGGUUCUCCCUGACAUUCUGGCUUUUCCCCUGGAAAGAGCACCAUGGCUUCAGGACCUGACCAUUGGUGACAGGAUAGCCUUUGCCGGAGACGCAGCUCACCCAACUUCGGGAGUAUACGCUGUGGGAUCGUCCAUGGGAUUUGACGAUAUAUGGGCUCUGUAUCGGGCUCUUUCCGAAACAUCUACAAAGUCUACUAAUGACGAUUCUGACGAGCAAACAAGAUACAAUUUACCCCUGUCUUUAUUUCUGUUCAACGAGACCAGGAAACAUUUCCUCCGGAGGGUGGAGCGUCAAACUUUCAUUGACGGCGAGAUCAAGAGAAAGUACCUAAAUCUUGCCAAAGAUGAUGCAGACUGGCAACGGCGGCUUCUAAACACUCUGGAAGGAUUGGAUUGGGUAAAGGAGCACAACGUAGAGCUAGAGUACCAAAAAGUUAGAGACGAGCAUUUUCUCAAAAUAUAUACGUGA